AUGGCCCUCUUUGACGUGCUCGCCGCCGCGCCCGACGCGUGGGCCUACGCCGCGGGCGGCACGGUCCGGUGCCGCCUCACCCUCAUCGGCAGCGCCUCCUCCGCCGAGCGGUGGGUGGACUGGAUGAGCGCCCAGCUCUGCGGCCACUUCUCGCUCGCGUCGCCGCCUCCGCCGCCCUCCACGCCGCCGCAGGCCGAGGCCACUGCCUUGCCGGACGAGCGGCAGCAGGACGCGCCCGGGCGGCGGUGCUUCUUCUCGUCGCCGCCGCACGUCGUGCUCGCCGGCCACGCCGUGGAGCCCGGCGCGCGGCUCGCCUUCGACGUGGUCGGGACGCUGCCCGACGGCCUGCCGCCGAGCCACCACGGCGACCUGGCCCGCAUCGAGUAUGUGGCCGUGCUCACCGCGGCCAACGAGGGCCUCUUCCAGGUCCGGCUCGAGGGGGCGCCUCUCGCGACGGUCGCGUUUGUCGGCCGCGCCUGCUCGCGCGCCCCCGGAGAGGUGGUGCGCGGCUGCGUCCGCUUCGAGGCCGGAGGGUCGGCGGAGGAGGGGGCGGCGGCGGCGCUGCAGUGCUCUCUGCUGACCAUCUCGCUCGACCUCGAGGAGGAGGUGGAGUGCGACGAGCAGCUGUGCGACGAGCUGGGGUGGGACCUCGCCCUCACACGCACAGAGGCGGGCGGCACCGGCGCGCGCUCGAGUCGCACGGUAGAGUCUGUCGAGGUUGCGGCCGCAGCUGUGCGCGAGGCGAGCUUCGAGCUCCUGCUGCCGAGCCACCUCCCGCCGAGCUGCGAGGCGCCCGCGCUGACGCUGCGCUGGAAGCUGCGCUUCAUCUUCACGCUGAGGCCUCGCCCCGAGACUGAGGCCGCGCAGACCCUCGACUGGGUGCUGCCGAUGACGGUCCGGCCGGCGCCGCGGCGCAGCUUGGCUCGGGCGGCCGCAGUGGCCACGCCGCCGCCCGCCACCUUGCCUCUCUGGCUCGAGGCGGACGCCCCGGGCUGACGUGGCGCUCGCAUCACCUCUACUUUGAGCACCAGAGUGUCGUGGUGGCGACGAAAAUCGCACCGGUAAAGGCGCGCGCCAGUGCUAGUCACCCCAGGGCAGAAUGCCGAUUGUGCUUUAAGUGGGGCCCGGAGGGGGGAGGGCCGCUGGCACAGUGCAGCUCUCACCGCUCGGCUCGUCUCACACACGAUAAUUGCUCUCGAUCGUCGAUGCCGUGGCUGUUGCGGCUCGCGGGGGCGGUCCUGGCGCUGGCGGUCGCCCUUCCGGUUCCGCGUUUGUUCACAAAAUAGAGUAAAUACGAGACU